UGAUGUGCGCCAUAAGUUAUGCAAUACACACAUACCGAAAACGAAAAAUGGCUGAAUAUCACCAAGAAUCAAAAUAUCCUCCUGGUUGGGACUGUAAAUACGACACAAAUACUGGAAAAUGUUACUACAUUAACUACUUGACGAAAGCAAUGCAGCUUGAAGAUCCCAGAAUACGCUAUCGUCAGCUCCAGAAUGAACGAGCGUCCAAUGAAUCGAUCCCCAUGCAGCCAAUGCAUGGAUCACCCUAUCAUGUAUACCCCACCAAUAAUUACCCCGCAGUCCAAGCAUUCCAAGGUCCGUCAACAACAUCAAUACAUAAUAAGUCAUCCAGUCCACUGCUAGCCACCAAAAUACAUCAAAUGGAAAUGUCUCCGGUUAUGAGACACGGUAGCAUCACCAGUCAUACACCGCGGAUGAUGAGCCAACUGGCCAAGCAACAUAUUCAACAGCAGCAGCAAGAAACGUCGUUCAUAACGCAGGCCGAGACGGACGCUGCCGUUACGAAGAUCAAUACGAUGUUUCCGACAGCAAGUGAACCUCACAUUCGUUUACUGUUGAAGAAAUACUACAAUCGUGAAGCUGUAGUUAUCAGUGCUUUGCAAGUCGAAAAACAUCCGGUCACAACGCCUGGACCAUUUUCAACGCCGCCACCACCAGGUAGGCAUAAUAUGACACAAAUGGGUGUGAAUUCGUUGAUGUCGAUGACACCACCACUGGGACGAUUCGACGUUGCGUCACGAACUGGCAGUCCGAUACCGAGACCGAGCAGCUGUGCGAGUGGAAGCUAUGGAUCGCCACGAGUCGGUGAAGGUAUUCGCAGUUCGCCGAAGCCUCACUCGUCGCCGAAAAUGAAAUUGAGAUAUCUGAAAAGCAUCUUCCCAAAAGCCGAAGAGACUCUCUUGUUGGACAUUCUGGCCAAUGCUGACAAUAAUGUCCAAAUUGCAUCGGAAAAACUACUGGCCAUGGGCUACGAGAAACGUGACACCACUGCUCCGAAGCUGACCAAUCGAAACAAGGAGGAACAGGUGAUGAAAGACCGGAAAAUUGCGGAAAAUACACCACCGCCCGUACCGAAGAUUCGGACCAACGACGAGAAGAACAAAAUAAAAAUGCAACUCCAAGCCCAGUACAGUGACGUUGCUGAACGGAUCAUCGUAAUGGCACUGGAGAGCGUUGACUAUUCGGUGGAUAGAGCAUGCCAGAUCCUACAAAUUGUCAUGCAGGAUGAUAAAUCUGGUGUGAAAACCGAAAAGGUUUGCGUUGCAGAAGAGGCUUCCGUUGAUAACAAAUCCGCCAAACAUCAAAGCCGAAGUGAUAUCGCUUCAUCAUCAUCAACAUCAUCCCUUAAAUCACCUUCAUCAGCACAAGCAGUUAAAUCAAAAAUACGUCCAGACGAUUCGGUUAAUAACAUACAUGAUGCAACCACCAAAACAAUUUCAUCGUCCACAUCUCCCGAUACCACCGUUGAAUCAUUGCCGUCCGAUGAACCAGCCACCAUCACCGACAUGUCCAUCAGCAAAAAGUCUAAACGCAGUCGAUCGAAGGCUAGAUCCGAUCAUUUGAAGUCGUCAAUUGUUUUCAGAUCAUCACCGGACGAAGAAUGCGAUGGGACACCGCAUGCAAAGGAUGUCAUCAGUCCGACGGCCGUCAAUCGGAAUACCGAAUUCAAAUCGGUUCUAGAUCGGGUUCGAUCGGGUGGACCGAAUACGGAACUGUACCGUGGACCGAAUGACGACAUAUUGCUUGUUGACUACAUUACAUGGAAUGGUCCGAAUCCUGACCUGUGCGCUGGUACAAGGAAUCUAGCAAUCGGUUCGGAUCCAUCGUUGCGAACUGCCCGUACAGUGGUGGCAAAUGGACCGAAUCAUGACCUGUACACUGGUUCCAAAGGGCUGGCAAAGGGAAGUAUUUAUUCGCAGAUUAAUCGGCCGAUGGCUAACGUUAAGUGUAACUAGGUUAGACACUAAGACGCACGUUUUUAGAUUUAAAUUUUUUUCUCGAUUUAAGGGCAACACAUUUUUGUUCAUUCAAUGUAAAGUUCCGAUAUCCGUAAUGGUUCAAGGUCAGAUUUUCCCGUUAGUUUGACUUUCUAAAUUGAAUUCUGAACAUUCCACUGUGCCAACAAUAUUCCCUUGUACUAAAUUCAAUUUUCAAAAUUAUAUUAGUUCGAACGCAUUCCUUAAUUGUUGUAAUUUGUAGUUCCAUUUUGAAAUUUCGACGCAACGACGAUGAAGGGAAACAUUAAAUGUGAAGAUUAUAUUCCCGUUGUAUUCGUACACCGCACCGUUCGCCUAUUGAGUCAUGAGUCAUUUCCCUUUUCCUUCAACAGACUAGAAAAGCAAAAAGUUUUAUUCCUGCUCCGUUCGAAAGCAGUUAGAAACCUGUUGGGCAACACUGUUGAUAUAUUGUUUAAACAUCUCUCAGUGCUGCUAGCCAAAUCCCUUUCAAAUGACCAAACUGUAUACGAUUACAUACGAUGCACAACAACGGAAUAAUUCCCAUUAUACAUUUGAAACAGUGAUGCUGGUGGGCUACGGAAUUUAUUCAGAGAUGGCGUUGGUUGUUUCAUUGAUACAGCGACGUGUUUCUCAUCGACGCAAUUUCAAUUUUUAUUUGAUUGAUAGGUAGAAAUAGCUAUUUCGUAGGCUACGAUGAGAAAAGCUGAGCGUCUGUCGGGAAAAUAUUUCUCAAAAGAUAACUGUCAUAACUGUCGAACUUCACACCUUUUAAAGUACCGGUUGCGCCAUAAUUAUGAGCAGUCUUUUUUGUCGCAUUUAAAAUAAAUAAAGUUUUAAAGUACUAGAUUUGUACUUUCAUCAGCACGAAAGCGCUUCGACUCGUACUUUAGUACUUACCUCUCAUCAGCGCUUCAAAAUACCUGUACAUUCCAUUUUAGACCAACGCAUUCCUAGCAGUAAACUAGACUUGCCAGAUGAUAAAAUGAAGAGAGUUAUGCACUGACCGUCACAAAAAGACAUUUCCCAAAUAACAAAUUUUCGGAGCAUGCAUAUCUCUCCUCAAAUAUGUGAUCGAAAUCGUACAUAUUCAUUAAGCAAAAUCUCCACUCAAAUAUUACACUUAGAUUGACAUUAGUCUAGUCUAGUUUACUGCUAGAAGAGUGCAGUGGUGAGUCCGUCCCCGAUUUUUUAAGUUUACUGACAUCGAUCGAGCUGUCGUCGAAUAAAUUAGCAAAUUAUUUUCCUCGUGUCUAAGUAAGAAGUUAAGAAUUGUUUCACCAUAUUAAAAAGUUAAUCGUCCAAAACAUUUUGAAUAUUUGUAAAAGAAAAGAUUGUAAUCGACUAAAUCAAUAAGAGUAGUGAGAGAAUACACUAAAACGAUACAACAGAAAAAUAUAUUUUCGUAAAAAAAAGACAAGAAAAUCGAUAACAGAUCACUAAAUCACUUACACUAAAUCACUCGUAGCCACAUAGACUAGCAGUAAAACAGAGAGUUAAAAAAAAUAUUUUAAUUUUAAGAUGACAUUUAACUUCCGUAGAGGCUACACGACAUAUUACCAUUACUACAACACAAGAAUGUUAUAUUUGCACAUAGACUUUAAACCAAAAAUCAACUCACUCAACAACUAAAAACUUUAAUUUGAAGUUACCUGAAAAUAAUUUUAAUAAAAAAAGACAAAAAAAAUAUAUUUCAAAUUUGUGUAGUGUUAUAGACAACCACCAGAUGGCGAUUUUGUCUAAUCUUUUUGGUAUACAGCGUCAGUGUGACUGAAAAAAGACUUUCUUUUGCACGAACACAGCGAC